GCGCCUCCAUGUUUACGGAAACCAGGUCGCAGGUUCCUCCAUGGAGUUAAGCUGCCCUGUCCGUCCGCUCUAACACUUAAAGUGUUUUAUUUUCAUUUUGUGCGCUGUGUUAGUCUCCCGUUGCAGGUCUUCGUCAUGUGGGACCAUGAAAUCAGAGCCAUGGCGUCCUCUCACGCCAUCAUCGCCGCCUCGGUGUUCAUGGCGACCGUCCUACCUGCGGUGGUGCUGCCGGGCUUCUCGGUGUACGGCUCCCACCUGCUCUGGAUCUACUCGGUGUCCGGAGCGGUGACCGCGGUCAGUGUCGCCGUCUUCUGGCUGCUCGGCAUCACACCGCCCACCAAGAAGCACACACUGGGAUACAAGCUUUCCAGGUUGUUUCGCUCCUGUCUGUACUUCUUCUUGUCCUGCCUGUUCUUCCACACUGUGGUCGUCCUCUAUGGAGCGCCGCUGAUCGAAUCUGCCUUAGAGACGUUCUCUCUCGCUGUGCUGCUGACCUCGCUGACCACACUGAGGUGUCUGUGCGUCCUCGGGCCCAACGUCCAGGCCUGGAUACGAGUGUUCAGUCGACAUGGAGCCAUGUCUGUGUGGGACACCUGUCUGCAGAUCACAGUGGCCUGCACGGUGGUGGGAGCCUGGGUGGGAGCGUUCCCGAUACCUCUGGACUGGGACAGGCCUUGGCAGGUUUGGCCUGUUUCCUGCAGCCUGGGCGCUAUGAUCGGCUUCCUGACCGGACUUGUUGCUGCUCCCGCGUGGAUCCACUACCACCGCAAGCAGCUCACAUACAAGUGCAAGUGAUAGACGGACGUACGUUUUCAUGCCUGUGAAUUUCUUUUCCGUUUUUACUGACUAUUUAUUGGGAGCGUUCGCUCUUUCUGCAGCCUGUCGGAUCGAUUUUGUAAAGACAUUAUUUUGUACGCAUGAAGGCUGAAGCUGAGUAUUUUUUGACAUGAAUAAAACAUGACUUCAUUGGCAGUGUGGAGUGACUUUGGAAA